UCUCAUUUCACGCGACAACCCCUUAUCUGGCUCGGUACAAGUCUUACGCAUGUCGGAUAUGCUGAUCGGCUACUUAAAAGCUCGGAAUCGCCGAACAUUGCUUGGAUGGUUCGUCUCCGACUCGACGCAUGGAAUGACCGGUACUUCCAUGAUAUUAAACAGAGCUCUUAACGUAUUUUGGCACACCUACUUUUGAUACCCAGACUCAUCCCAACCUCUUGUCUAUCAUCGCACAAACUAUUGUAAUGUCUUUUGACGCCGUCGUUAUCGGCUCCGGAGUUAUUGGCCUAUCUAUCGCCAGAGAACUCCACAACCGUGGAUUAAAGGUUGCCAUUGUCGCUCGAGAUCUCGCGGAAGACAGCAUUAGCGUAGGCUUUGCCAGCCCUUGGGCUGGCUGCAAUUGGUUCUCUUUUGCUGAAGGCGGUACCCCUGCUGCCGAAUGGGACACCAUCACGUUCGGCAAGCUUGCCAAACUUGCCAAGGAUCACCCUCACAUUUGCCAAAAGAUCCCCUUCUGCUCUGUAUGGGAUCUUCCCAAGAGUGAUGCUGAGAGUGAGCCUUGGUUCAAAGAUCUUGUGUUCGAUUACAAAAAUCUCAAAUCGACUCCUGGCCAGCCUCUCCCAGGAGGCAAGAAGUUUGGCCACUCUUUCGCUUCCUACGUUCUUCACGCACCCAAUUACAUCCGUCAUCUCAGUUCAGAGACCCGUGCGCUAGGCAUCCCCGUCCACCGCUACCGUCUUUCUUCCCUCGACGAAGCUUACAACCUUUCUGGUAUCGGCAAAGUCUCUCUCGUCGUCAACGCUAGCGGCCUCGGUGCCAAGGCUCUCAUUGGCGUAGAGGAUGAAAAAGUCUAUCCAGGCCGUGGUCAGACGGUUCUCGUGCGAGCCCCAGGAUUCAAGGCUUGUAUCAUGCACACCGAAGGUUUUUACGCCGACCUCGACGAGAGUGGUCGAGAAGUCACCCCUCCACCACCGGCAUACAUCAUCCCUCGUCCCGGGCCUGAAGGCCAUGUCGUCCUUGGAGGUGUUUACCAAAGAGACAAUUGGUCUACUCUCCCCGACUUGAAAGAAGCGGAACGUAUCCUCAAAGACUGCUAUAACCUCGCGCCUGAGCUCGCAGGUCCUAAUGGCAAGACAUGGAAGGAUAUCGAAAUCAUUUCGCACAAUGUGGGGUUAAGACCUGCUCGAGAGGGUGGGCCCAGGUUGGAAAUUGAGGAACGAGAAGUUGGUACAGGUGCGAAUGAGGGUAACGCGUACGAUGUCGCACCCAUGAUUGGCCGUAUAGGUGAGAGGAGGAAAGUGGCGGUUGUGCACGCUUAUGGUAUUGGAUCUGCGGGCUUCCAGGCGAGUUUAGGUAUGGCCGAAAAAGCUUCUGAUCUUACUGUAAAAUACCUAUCAGGCAAGCGCUCGCCAGCCAGAUUAUAGACUGCGUUGUUUUAUCCUUUUGGGUCCCGGUAGAGGGUUCGUCAUGCAAAAAACAGUUGUUGU